AUGCUGUCUAUCGUGCUAAAUUUGGUGCAGCGAGUAGACUGGAUUCUCUUGACUCCUUGGAUUGACGUGGAUUUGAGCUCGGCCGCAUCAAGGGCACUCGAGGGUGCUAGAAGGCUGCUCCUCGGCGAUUACGGUUCGCCUGUCUCAACACUGGGACCCGCCUUGCUGGCAUGUUUCUUUCCAGGGGUUUUGAUGUUGCUCCUCCUUGGAAGCAUUGUCAGUCUUGGUGGCACAGCGAUCUGCUAUUGUUCGGUGGCUCAAAAAUCUUCCUCUGGACAGCAGUUGUCCAUUUCGAUAUGCCACUGCCCGCUCCACACGAUCUCCCGCACUGCAUACGCUAUCGGCUUCGUGGUGACACGGCGACUGUGGAGGAGGCCUUGGGGAAUUCAUCCUCAGGCUCAGGGGCUCCGCCUCUUCCCUCCUCUGCGACAGGCUCUGAUGCUGCCCUUGAUUCUUCUGAGCAUGCUCCUCUCGAUGUACAUGCAGGGGCAAGGCCAGGGUCAGCCACAGCGACCGAUGUGUGCGAUGACGACAGCGAAGCUGGAGAAGCUCGGCCGGCUGCUUCGACUUCUGCCUCAAGGGCUCGAUCACGAUCCCGGAGGCGCGCAAGGAAGCGAUCUCGCAGACGACGCCGGAGGCGAAGAACACCCCGGCGCCGCCGCUCCAUGCACUCUGGCAGAGCUCGUCUCAGGCCCAGGGCAGCAGCAGCAGCAGCUGUGCCUCACCCACCCCUUCCGAAAGGACCUCCACCACCUCCUCCGACAGCUGCCGAUCUGGAACUUCCACCUCUCUCCAUUGAUGACUCGUGGAACUCUUCGGUCAUAUCCAGGAUGGCCUCAGUUCGGGCAGCUCCAGAAAUUCUUCGUUCUGAGAGGCGUUCAACCCGAUCGCCUGCCUCAGCUGCCCCGGAUAAUCCUUUGGACAGCUUUCUUGAAGCAGCUGAAGGAGGAGAGGAAGAGAUCGACACUGAUGGCGAGGACCCUUUUGCCACAGAUUUCAGAUCAGGCCGACUUUCCUCGCCAAGGCCCUCCCUUGGAAGUCUCAGCGACCUGCCCAGUCAUGAGGGAGUUGGCCACGGCCCGCAAUCCAAAGACUGAAGAGCACUCUUCGGGGUCAGGGGCUUAUGGCCACAAGCUGGGCGACGACUUUCAGGCUCGCCGCAGGGCCAUCGCGAAGGCGUGGCGGGGAAGCAUAUGGUUGCUCUUCCUGGUCUUCCUCUUUUCAUUCGGCGAAACAUCGUGGGCCAUCCCGAUCUUCGUUCAGUGCUGCUUCGCUGCCCACGGCCAGGAAGCGAUCCUACAGGAACUGCAUCGGGGCUUCGGUGACUCGGCCUCUGAGUGGGAGGACGAGCUCAUGUCUCUGGCGCAGGCACACGGCCUAUGCUUUCUGAACACGUGGACGAGGCAUGUUCUUUAUGCUUUUCGAGCCUGGGCUCUUUUUCAGCGCAGCUAUCGAGAACUUCGCAGGCAGGGCAAGCAACAACGAAAGCAGCUUCUGAUCAACAAAUUGCAGCAGGCCUCUCAAGCAGCUGACCGCAAGGACAUCCGAGCUCUUUAUCAGAUCAUUAAGCAAAUCUCGGCUAAGCAACAGCGAGGCAAAGCGCGCAUCCGCACCGUGGACGGAGAACUACUGGAGCCAUUAGCUGAACAUGCUGAGAUCUCAAGCUACUUCCAUCGGCUUUUCGGCACAGACCAAUCGGACAUAAUCCCGACAGACAGGUUACAACCGGUGAUUUUUGAGCAGGAGGAGAUCGAAUCUUCUCUUCAGCAACUAGGCACAGGAGCCCAGCUAGCUUUAGACAUGACAACUGCCUUCGACAAGCUUCCUCGGCAAUCCCUGGCGGACAGUUUGGCCUGGGCAGAGGCCCUCCCCUCCUCCAAAGGUCAGGGCAUGGGCAAGGGCCCCACCAGAUCAAGGUGGGGUGGCUGGCGCUCCAGCAAGGAAUGGUCCAGCACCAGCGCGACGGAGAACAACCGCCUCGAGGAGAAGAUGCGACUUCUAGCCAGGGUGGCCCUUCGCCACGAGGACGAGCUCAGCCAGAUGAGGACGGAAAGGGUCUUCGUCCUGACAUUCGAGACCAAGCAGGGCUCGGUGCUGAAUCGCCUGUACGAGCUGGCGGUCAUUUGGCACGAGAAGAAGGAGAAGGAGGAAGUCACCAGUCCGUUGAGGCUGAUGCUCUUCAUGGGGCUCCUCGAGCACUGGAAGAUCCGGCUCCGAGCACUGGAGGCAGACCAGAACCUUCGAGACCUCAUGGUGGAGAGAGGAUUGGCCACCUUGGAGGAAGGGGUUCCAGAACUCAAGUGGGGGUACCAGAAGUGGAACUCCACCCUGGAGAAACUGGAGACCAUCUCCGACGCCGAGCCCAUGCUGCAGUUGCAGGUCGUGGAGACGCUGAUUCAGUUGGAGGGCGAUUCCAUCACCUUCCUGGUGGGGGUGGGGCUCCGGGACCCAAUGGCAUCCCAGGCCUGGGGAAUGAUGACGAACCUCUGCGGCCUGCGAAG